AUGGAGCCCGCUCGCUAUGUCAUUGAUCCUGAAGGAGAUGUUCUUCUGGUUAUAAACCAGCCUCCUUCGAGUAGCCAUCCAAGCUGGCUGAAAAAAGAGCCACAAGAUUCGUCUGUCUCCACCGCGACCAGUACCUCGAACAGGAACGAUACUGCUGAUUGUACAUCUAGCGGCGAUGGACUAGGGGGAGUUGAAAUACGCGUCUCAUCGAGACACUUGGUCCUCGCUUCUCGCUUCUUUGAGGAGAAGCUCAGCUCCAAAGACAAGAUACUAAGGUCCGAUGAAAUGGUGCUUGUGGCUAUGGAGGUUGAGGACGUUGACGCCCUGUUGAUUGUGCUGAAUAUGAUGCACUGUCGGACAAGCAAAGUGCCACGACUUGUGGGUCUUCGAGUGCUUUGCAAGAUAGCAGGUCUGGUCUACGAGUACCGUUGCUUUGAAGCCGUGGAGGUUUUCUCGAGUAUUUGGAUAGACAACCUCAAGGAAAGGUUGCCAUGGUGUUUCUCGGAAGAUCUGGUUCGGUGGAUCUUUAUUUCCUGGGUGUUUCAUCACGAGUUGAUCUUCCAGGAGACGACUCUUGUCGCUGUGCGUCAAAGUACCGGGCCAAUCCAGUGCUAUGGUCUCCCGAUUCCACAGCCCUUACUGGGUGAGUUCUUCCCCAUCAGUUCGCAGAAGGCACAAAGUACUGAUUACCAAGUCAUGUUCGGAACAGAUUCCAUUGAACAGAAAAGACGUAAUUGGGUCAACAGCAUCAUUGCUUGGAUCUAUGAAGAAAAAGAGCGGCUUUUGGACGACGGGGAGUGUUGUGAGCUAUGCGAUGCAAUGCAUAUCGGGUGGCUUUCAAAGCAACUGCAUGCUCACAACCUCUAUCCGCCUCCAUCACAUCCAUUCUCUGGGUUAAGUGUGAAAUUUCUGGAAGAUACUCUACGUGUACUCCCUGACCCACCUUGCAAUCAGUUUCAUGCGCACUCCAAAGUUUGCAUCGAGAAGUCCUGUGCUGUUCUCCCAGGCAGGACGGACCUGCUUUGGCAGCUCAUGGAGGAGGAAACUGGCCUAGAAUUGACUGAAUUCUUGGCUUGA